AUGGUCAAAGCCAAAGAGCAGGCAAUGCACAGGAAAGGAGUCAAAAAAGCGCCCUCCAUGAAAACAACAGCGUUAAAGUCUAAAUAUGAUGCGAAACAUCAAAAGAAAAAACACAAAGCAUCGGAAGUGCCGAAAGAAUUGCCAAAGGCGUCUGGUCCGCCAAAAAAAUGCACUGAAAAUGGGGGUGAAGAAACUAAAACGAAAUCUGAAGUCAUCAGUAGCGAAAAAAAUGAUAAAAAGCAAGAAAUAUUGGUGAAGAAUGUAACAGAUAACUUGCAAGGAAGAGUGGUUGAACAUGAUGUCCAAGACGUCACCAUUACAUUUGGAAAAGAAGAACAUAUUGAUGAGAACGAUGAAAAAGGCGAAACCAUUGAUCAUACUGCAACAGUAGCUUCCGAUGACGUCAACGUUGGUCCGAAUAGCGUCGGUGACCAAAAAAACUUAGAACCUGAAGUCCCGACUGAUAGCAACAUUUGUAAGACGCCAGAUGAAGAAACUUCAGAUACUGCUUUUGUCGUUGAUAAACUAGAUCAAAGUUUUAUAUCGACCGCUGAUAAAGUUGCAUCAAAUGCUGACAGCGACUCCACAGGUAAAUUGGAAUCCAUUUCUAGUCCUGUAGAGGUUGACCUGGAUGAAAUACUCCCAACCGAAACAAAAAAAGCGGACAGCAAAGAUAACCAGCCGACAACAAAAUGCGAGGAUGUCGUCAACUCUGAAACAACCAAAAGCCUUUCAAAAUCCACUCCUUCUACCACGUCGUCAAACAGCAUACUAACUAAUUCAACUUAUCCUAUAUCCCCUACACCUGUAAGCAACUCAAAAAUAAAAGAAACAAUAACUUCAGUUGCUGAAAAAACUUACUCUGCUUCACCAACACCGACAAAUUCUUCCUACCGAUCUCUCAAUACUGGAGUCUCGAAUGAAAGUAAACCCGAUUCUUAUGAACAAAAUGACAACGUCUACUACACAAAGUUUUCUCAAGUCGAAGAACGGAACGAAAAAUACGGCGGUCGAAGUCCUUCACGAAUACGCAGAAGCUCAAACUUCAAUAUCGUAGAAAGGUCCGUUUUCAAUAUUUCGCAUAAUGUAGUGACUAUUUAA